GGCUCCAACCACAACAUGGCUGAUCAGUGCGUGGGAGGGUGGGGCGAAAUUCAAAUGGUUGUAGCUUGCUGCUGUACCUAAGAAUUUAAAGUUUUCAAUGUCCGUGUAAUUUACUUAUGAAAUUCUGUUUUACCUUCCUAUACAGUCAAGCGGACAACGAGUCGUGAAAUUCGUCUACCCUGUUAUCACGUAUGAGUGCUUGUGAUUGCUGAACAAUAUGAUUGUUUUACCUGAUGGCCUUGAAGAUUAGUCCUCUACGUGGCUCUGUACGCGACAAAGUGGAAACUUAGCUUACAUGGUUGGGGAAAACCCGAAAGCAAAUCAUCCAAUAACCGAAACUAAAAAAAAAAUUGCGGUUGAAAUCGAUACUAUAAAUCGAUACUACGUUGGGCUUGAAAAGGUGGAGUGCACAAACCAGUACACACAACAAGAGUUUGGACAAUGCAAAGCAAGUUUCAAUUUCAUUUUGGACCGCAACACUUUCUCGACUGGAGAAUUUAGACAUGGGAAUUUUAGAGCUGGCUACAGCAGCUGAGAUAAGAGAGUUUAACUCCAGUCACCAUGCACCCUGCCCGUCUACGUGAACACGUCAGGCACUUCUAGACCGGCCUCUGGUGGAGGAAAGUGGACCUGAGAACACCUGGCACCAUGGUCCAGUUCCAGCCUGCUGCGUGUUGAGCUCACAAACUGGAUCAAUAAGAGAAAGAAAAAAAUUUGAUGGCACUUACUUUUUUUCACGUUCUCUGUCAGCUUUGAUAAAACCCAAAAAAAAACAACUAAAAAAGCAACAAAAAAAAAUCAUCCCAAGAUUAUAGUGGUGUGGUGUUUGCCUAUUACAUAGGGUUUAGUUCCCCAGAAUUGUCUCAAAAGUUGAAGUAUCUGAUAAUGAAAUUUGAAACAGGAUUGAUUUUCUUGCACCUGAAGGGUUUACCAAUAGACCAGUUAUUUUCAUAACCUCAAACAAUCCAGUAGCUGGAUGAAUCAUGAGGAUAAUCCAGUUAUGUGAAAAGGAAUGAGUGUGGAGUUUCAUUUGUUUUAUAAUUUAAAGUAUAAUUCACUUCACAAGAAGAAGCAUUUCAGUAUUAUUCGCACUGUGCCAAAAAAGGAUUGUGAAUAUUUGUGAGGUAAAAUUCUCAUUGCCUAUCAAGAGGUAAAAGUCUGGAUAGACUGACUAGCCUAUACUCUGACUAGCCUAUACUCUGACUAGCAUGACCCAUUCUCCUAGAGAGCAGCCAGAUGAAAGCCCGCAGCACCAUGUAGUCCAUCGGCCGGCCAUGUUUGUAUCCACCCCUGGCUACCCAACCACAGAUAACAAGGAGAACAACACUGGCCUGCCCGCCGGAGAAAGGGAAGAAAGGCAGCAGCUGGCUCACACCUCUGUCCCCCCGAUGCAUACAGCAGAUCCAAGAGAAGAGUACUGUGAGGGUAAAACUGUCUUGUCUACCGAGGCGGUCUUCAAGCAUCCAAACACACUACAGGGAGUCCACUACCCACAGUUUCAUCAGCGCCAGGCUGGUUCCAGCCAAGAGUUCCAUGGCUCACCUCAGGCGUCUAUGACCGUGCGUCCGCGGCAUUUCUCCGGCGGAGAAUCUGCAUCGGAUCCUCAAGGAACUCGCUACACUCAGUUCUCAGAGUUUGCUGGUCAACCCGCCGCCAGUAUGAGUUACCCUAAAAAGUCUGAACCUUACCCAGAGUUCUCCCAGUCCUACAGGUGCCAGCAGAGUACCUGGCACACCACACAGGCUGGGAGACACCAAGAGCAGAUGAUGGAACAUUCUCAUCAGGCGGAACAUUACCAUGUUACACAGUCCUCUGAGUAUCAAAGACCUUCCAGGUCUAGCGGAGGUGAUUCUGAACUUACCUCGGGGUCCUACACUUGUUACCUAACUUUACCAGAGGCUUCUGGAUCCCAGGGUCAAGGAUUUAUUUCUCAGAAAUCUGGCAUGCCCAACUUGCCAGAGAUCCAGAUGAGCGAGCUAACAGAUAGUGGGAUGACGGCGCCGUGGCUCUCCCACACGCCAGAUAACUUGUCACCCACUGUGCAGAUUGUUCAAAAACUGUCCCAGGCGACAGUCAGUGACAGUCAGAACUUGGACAGUCCGUUGACCACUUCUUCAGGGAAUACCUCACCGCGGACGUCCACGUCAAUGGUGCUGCAGGUCCCUGGUCAAGAAAGGUCCCCAUCUCUGAGUCCCAUAAGUGGACACAAACACAGACAGCUGUUUGUGUUCCCUGACGUCAACCAGAUGCCAGGGAAAUCAUCUUUUGUGCCAACACUGGAGGCAGCCGGGUUGAAUGUGUCAGUUUCUGGGAUGAAAUCUGAUACCCAGAGGUGGCGCCAUGUUUCCUCUGGGAGCAGUGGUGACUCUUCUAAUGCAGGGGACAAUUCCAAUGUGGCGCGACCUGCUGUUAGCGCAAGCAGUGCCAAUGUUGUAUCUAGGGAAAGGUUUCUUAGUGGAGACACUGAUGUAGACGAUACCCUGGUGGACUCAGAGACCAGUUCCAGUGUUGUUGAAGACAGUGGCAGCAGCAGAGAACAAAGUCCGUUUUCAGGGACGGUUGAGCCUGGACGUACACACUCCCCAGGGAGUCGGAAAACUUCUCCCUUGAGACAUAUAGCAUCGCCGUCGGGUAGGAGAAGCCUUCACAGGCAGCAGGUUGUUAUGGGGGAUGAGGACUGUGAAGGAGUGCAUGAUGCUGAGCGUGGGCAUGGUGGGGAAGAUGAAAAACUGCAGCCUCCGAAGUUUAAACGCAGGCUACACCAAAGGUACGUCUCCAGCCUGAAGGAAGAGCCAUCGACCGGCUCGGAGCCUGGGUCUGACGGCUCCUUGUUGUAUGUCCACCCAGACUGUUCUGUUGACAUUAAACCCAUCCUCAAGCUUGAGACAGUUGGGGAUGAACUGGACGCGGUGGAGAGCUCCAUGCCCAAGAGUCCCAGACGCUCGUUAGCUGACGAGAGUUGCCGGGGCGACUCUCAUGACUUGAGCGCUGAUGAAGGGGACGUCUUCAUGGAGCCGGUCAGAGCCGCCCAGAAACCAAAGCCCAGGAACCAACAACAACCACUGGACCUAUCCCGCGCGCCUGUUGGCUCCUCACCAUUCCACGCCAUGUACAGAACCGCCUCCCUCCCCGAGUCAGAAACACCAACAAGCUCCCCCGGCCCCAAGUCUCACUACUCCCCCCUCUUCCGUUCCUCUCACAGGUUAAACUAUUCUCCACACGGGCUUCUCUCCCCCCAGUCUCAGUCCCCACUGUGUUCUGUACCAGAAGGAGGUAGGAUAUUCAGUUUCAACACAUACGAAGCCGUAGGAGCUCACUCUGAUACAGAUAUCAUCUCCCCCAGCCCCAUGUCCCCCAGAUUUUUCACAUUCCCAUCCAUCAACCCCUCACAUACCACCACCCCCCUACUGAACCCCAUGUCUGAGGUCAACAGACUAGCUGUCUCCCCUAGGGCCUUGUACCCCACCUCCCCCAUCCAAUUCUCUCUCAGGUCUAAGUCAGUGGCCCAUGUCAAGUGGGAGAACUUCCCCAAAAGAUCCUUCUCCGACUCAGACGUGGCCUACCAGUGCCCUGUGUGCAGUCAGGUUUUCCCAUCCAAUGACAAUCUAGCCAAGCACAUGGCCAAGCACCUGCCCACAGAAACCAUUCGCUCUGCUGACAACAACAAGAUCCACUACUGUAAGGUCUGUGAGAGAUCUUUCUCACGCUCAGACAUGCUGACACGUCACAUGCGCCUGCACACCGGGCUCAAGCCCUACGUGUGCAUGGAUUGUAACCAAGUGUUUAGCCGCUCAGAUCAUCUCAACACGCACAAGCGCACCCAUACAGGGGAGAAGCCGUAUAGGUGCCCACAGUGUCCGUACGCUGCCUGUCGUAGAGAUAUGAUCACCAGACAUAUGCGUACGCACUCCAAGCGGGCCCCGAAGCGUGGGCGUUACCUCUCUGUGCCAGACGAGGGGACUGAUAGGAAAAACUCUGAGGCUUCUGAAUCCCAGGACAUUUCAGUGGUCAGACCAUGCUCGUCUUUAUCUAGCAUUGAAAGUCUCGACCUUGAGAUGGGUCAAGGCCACAGGCGGUUGAUGCAGGCUAGUGUGGAAUCACUGCCGUCGACAGAUGACCCCAGCAACCAGGCCCGCACCUCCACCAGCAGUAAAGAAUCCGAAGACCUGGACGACUACGCCACCUUCUCCCCCACCCAGUGGAUGUCGGGGAGGAAGAUGAGCGAAACCGGACCAUUCCAAGAUCCCAGGACUCACCAGACGUCUGAAGAUGACCCGUACGGCCAUCAUGACACUAUAUCAGACACCCGACCCCAAGAGCCCCAGGGUUACAUGUACAGCCCAGGGCCCAAGCACCACCUCCACCAGCGAUCCCACCAGGGUGGGUCUCACUACGUGACCAGCGGCUCAGGCCCAUCUUCUGGCACCCCCAGGGACACAUCUUGAUGAGAGUUUCCUCUAAACCCUGGCUCGUACCAGACUUUCAGUACUAACUUUAAAUAAAACCAACGCGCACAUUGUUGAAGACUAGGAUUUGUACAGCCAUCUAUAUCAACCUUUCACACAACUUGCAUCAAGAAUAUUGUUGAACUGUUAUAACUAGCUACUUGUUUAUUUUUUAAUGCUUACAGCGUUCAUCUCGUUCAUGCACGGCCCAUUCCUGAUAAUCCACAACACAUUUUCUUACUUGUCAACACAGUAUUGCUAUGUUAUGAUUCAUUUGAUGUAGACCGGUAGUUUAAAAGAAAUCUUGUGUUAAAAUGAAAAGAUAAAAUGUUAAUUACCUAACCUUUUUAUAAGCCUUAAAUAAAGUAAUUAGUGCCUCUAAUUAUUUAGCAGAUGCCUGUCAAGGUAUCCAGCUAGCUUUAUUAUUCUUUAAUUAAUUGGGUUUUUGUUUUCUAUUUGAUUUGUCCACUGACUACCCUCCCACUAGCAAGGCUGUGACUCAUGCAGUUCUUACAAAUGUAUUCCCAGCUGUCAGUUGCUGUA